AUGCGCGUGUCGCCGCACGCGCUCGAAACGCACCUGAACCAAAAGCAAACUCCUCAGACUCCUCCCUCCUCCUCCCUUCGGUUUCUCUCAUCCUCUCCCUCCCCCCCCUGGUCCUCUAUGCUCAAUUCGGUGUGUGUAUCCUCUUUUAAAGGGCGCAAGGGUGGGAACAAGUCGUCCAACAAAGCAUGUUACAGCGCAGACAUGACUUGUCCGUCGGAAAGCGAGAAAAUCGUGAUAAACUGCGGGGGGGUGCGGCAUGAGACCUACCGGAGCACCCUAAAAACGCUGCCCGGCACCCGGCUGUCGUGGCUCACCGAGCCGGACGCGUUCAGCAACUUUGACUACGACCCCAAAUUGGACGAGUUCUUCUUCGACCGCCACCCGUCCGUCUUCUCCUUCAUCCUCAACUACUACCGCACCGGGAAGUUGCACUGUCCCAACGACGUGUGCGGUCCCCUGUUCGAGGAGGAGCUGGCCUUCUGGGGCAUCGAUGAGACGGACGUGGAGGCGUGCUGCUGGAUGAACUACCGACAGCACCGGGACGCGGAGGAGGCGCUGGACAGCUUCGAGACUCCGGAGCCGGACGCGCCGGACGACGACCCGGCGCUGGGGGGCGCGGACGGGGACCUGAAGAGGCUGUGCAUGCAGGAGGACGCCAGGAGAUCCGGCUUUUGGAAAAUCUGGCAGCCCCGAAUAUGGGCUCUGUUCGAAGACCCGUACUCCUCCAAAUACGCCCGGUAUGUAGCAUUUAUGUCCCUUUUCUUCAUCCUCAUCUCCAUCUCCACUUUCUGCAUGGAAACGCACGAGGCCUUCAACACCAUCAUAAACAAGACAGAGAACGUCACCAUUGGAAACUUCACUCGUGAAGAGAUUUCAUACGAAGUGGUGACCGACAGCUGGUUGACAUACGUGGAGGGUGUGUGCGUCAUUUGGUUCACCAUUGAGGUCUUGCUGCGAGUCACCUUCUGCCCAGACAAGUUGGAAUUCUUCAAAAGUGCCCUCAACAUCAUCGACUUUGUUGCCAUCCUGCCCUUCUAUCUGGAGGUUGGUCUGAGUGGUCUGUCCUCCAAAGCUGCCAAGGAUGUCCUGGGGUUCCUCCGUGUUGUCCGGUUUGUCCGGAUUCUCCGAAUCUUCAAGUUGACCCGCCAUUUUGUGGGUCUCCGUGUCCUUGGCCACACUCUUCGUGCCAGCACCAAUGAAUUCCUCCUGCUCAUCAUCUUCUUGGCCCUGGGUGUCCUCAUCUUUGCCACCAUGAUCUAUUAUGCUGAGAGGAUCGGUGCAGAUCCAGAUGACCCAACUGCCAGUGCCCACACCAACUUCAAGAACAUUCCAAUCGGGUUUUGGUGGGCUGUUGUGACCAUGACCACACUGGGUUAUGGCGAUAUGUACCCGGAGACGUGGUCAGGAAUGCUGGUGGGUGCGCUGUGUGCCUUGGCUGGUGUACUUACCAUUGCCAUGCCUGUACCCGUCAUUGUCAACAACUUUGGCAUGUACUACUCCCUGGCUAUGGCGAAGCAAAAGCUGCCCAAAAAGAAGAACAAACAUAUCCCUCGAGCACCACAACCUGGUUCCCCCAACUACUGCAAGCCCGACGCCUUGGCUAUGGCUACCGCAUCACCGCAAAGGCUCUUGGGGAAUGUCUUAGGAGGAGUGAUGGGAUCCGGAGGCAUUAGAGGGGAUUGCCCUCUUGCCCAAGAGGAAAUCAUAGAGAUCAACAGAGAUUCCAAGCAGAAUGGUGACGCAGCCUCGGCCGCCUUAGCUAAUGAGGACUGCCCCACCAUCGACCAGGUGCUGAGCCCCGACGAGCGGAGCCCUAUUGGGCGAGGGCCUACUCGGGAACGCUACCAGCAGGACAGAGCCUGCUUCCUACUCAACACCAGGGAAUUCCGUGCCACAGAUGGGAAUGUGCGGAAAGAGGCAGCAGCCCUGGCACCCAGCCCAGACUCCCCUCUGACUGAGGAUUGGUAUAAGAUGGAGGGGUCUCUGCUACAGCAGGACCUCAAUGCAAACUCCACCUCCUCCUGGAUCAAACCAUAG